AUAUUCGGAAGGGGAAGAAAGAGAAAGUGAGGAUUGUGGUAAUUGCGUGCGAAACAAAGAGAAAGAGAAAGAGAAAGAGACACGUUGUUUUCAUUUUGAUUCCAGUUUGGCGAUGAAAUAGUAUCUAAUAUCUAUCUGUGAUUAAGAGACAUUAUUAUUGCAUGAAAGAGAGGGAAUUAAUCGUUGAAAGUUGAAAAGAUGGGAGAUCAUUUGGCCAGGGCAGAGGAUUUCCAGAACAAGGCAGAGAAGAAGCUCAGCGGUUGGGGCCUCUUCGGCUCCAAAUUCGAGGACGCUUCUGAACUCUUCGACAAAUCCGCCAAUUCCUUCAAGCUCGCUAAAUCAUGGGACAAAGCAGGAUCCACCUACAUCAAAUUGGCCAAUUGCCAUUUGAAGUUGGAAAGCAAGCACGAAGCUGCCCAAGCUUAUGUUGACGCCGCGCAUUGCUAUAAAAAAACUAAUAUAAAUGAGGCUGUGUCUUGCUUAGACAAUGCUGUAAAUAUUUUCUGUGAAAUUGGGAGGCUAUCUAUGGCUGCUAGAUAUUUGAAGGAAAUUGCUGAGUUGUAUGAGUCUGAACAGAAUAUUGAGCAGGCUGUUGUUUACUAUGAAAAAUCAGCUGAUUUUUAUGAAAAUGAAGAAGUGAACACUUCUGCAAACCAGUGCAAACAAAAAGUUGCUCAAUUCUCUGCCCAGCUUGAACAAUAUCAGAGGUCAAUUGAGAUUUAUGAAGAGAUUGCUCGCCAGUCUCUCAGCAAUAAUUUGCUGAAGUAUGGAGUUAAAGGACAUCUUCUAAAUGCUGGCAUUUGCCAACUCUGUAAAGGCGAUGUCAUUGCUAUUACCAAUGCGUUAGAGCGAUAUCAGGAUUUGGAUCCAACAUUUUCAGGAACUCGUGAAUAUAGACUUCUAGCAGAUAUUGCUGCUGCAAUCGAUGAAGAAGAUAUCGGAAAGUUUACUGAAGUUGUCAAGGAAUUUGAUAGCAUGACCCCUCUGGAUUCUUGGAAGACAACACUUCUUUUGAGGGUGAAGGAAAAACUGAAAGCCAAAGAACUUGAGGAGGAUGAUCUUACUUGAAUUGCACAAUAUAGUAUUCUUUCGGUUGGAUUUCAUGUUUGUCUUGUAUUAAGCUUGUUUGUCCAGUUGUUCGUCUUACACAUAUCUACUAGUAUAAAGUGUACUUGCUUUGGGUUUCCACUGAAGUGGUCUGCAUGAAUUCUUGAAAUGAAUAUAUGUGGAGUUAGCCAUAGUCUGAUCAGAUCAGAUCCACUUUUAUUGGUUCUGCAUAUGCCCGCGAGUUGUCAUCAUAAAGAAUUGUUAUUAUAGUAACUUGGAAGAAUGAAAAAUCUCUAGUAUCCACUGUU